AUUUAGGACCAGAUAUAUUAAUUGGAACUCCUGGAAGAUUACACGAAUUAAUUGUUGGUCGAGGAAAUGAUAAAAGUCUGGUGAAUACCAAGGCAUUGGGAAUUUUGGUUUUAGAUGAAGCUGAUAGAUUAUUGGAUAUGAGUUUUUCACAAAAAUCAAAUAAUAUCAUAGCUCAUUUACCUAAAAUUAAGAAAUCCAAUAAAAUUGGUAGUCAAAAUAUAGAAUAUUAUACCCAAAAAUGA